AUGGCGAGAACGAGAAUCCGUAGGACGCACCGGGAGGAACGCGUACCGGAACACCGGAGCACCGAGAAGUCACCGCGAUCGCGAUCCGCGAUUUGGACGUCCCGAGGGAGAGAACGCUCUCAAGCGCCGCGACGCGCUCGUCGACGACGGCGACGCGGCGACGACGACGGCGACGACGACGAGGAGCGCACGGCGAGUAGACGAGAACAACCCUCUCGCGCUGCUACCACCACCGACACCGCCCUCGCGCACCUCUCGCCUCGCCGCGGCAUCGGGCGCGGCGGAAACGCGCCGUCGCGACGCCACCUCGAGAAUACGCAUGCGCCACGUCGCCUCCUGUGGGAAAAAAGAGGGAAAAAAAAAUAGAUGGAAGCGUCGACAGGAGCGGAGAGUCCUGCAGGACUCUCCCCGUUGGUGCGUGAGAUUAUUCUGGAGAUCCUGGAGGAAUGUUCAAACUCAUUGGCCAUUUACCGAAACAUUUUGCGACAAGAAUCGGGGACGAGGGACGACGCCGCUAGCAUCUUUCCCGAUGUUGAGAUUUCGGAAACGUCGAUUCUACAGUCGUUCACCGGAGGCACUGCGGAGAUGACGGAUUCACAGAGGGGAGUUGCGCGUGAAAAGCUUCGACGAGACAGUUCAUAUGUGAGCGGUAUAAUACAGGAUUUGAAGCGAGAAAUUAGCGAACGUGGAACAAUUGAUAUAUUAACUAAGGAAAUUGAAAAGAUCACGUUGCGGGAAGAGCAGGAGCAUCUUUUAAUCGAAGAGAACAAAAGAAUGCGGACGGUCGUGGCGGAGUUACGAAAAACGAUCGUCGAUAAGAAAACGGCAAACGAAAGGGAGGAGGAGCGCUUAACGAAGAAGCUCACUUUGACACGGCUCAUCGAGAAUCGAAUCGUGGAAUGCCGGCAGAGGUAUGAUCGGGAGAAGAAAAUGUAUGAGAAGGAGAUCCGCAAAGUGAGCGAUGAGAUAGAAGAUGCUCGGGAAUACUUGGACGAGCUUACAACGGAGUAUCGCAACAAUCAGGAAUUCAUCGACACGUACCUCGCGGAGCAAGAGGCGCUCCGAAAGCAAAAGGAAUACGAGGACCACGUGCAACGUAGCACAAUUAGGAUGCAAGCUUGGUGGCGAGGUAUCAUGGUACGCCGGAAGUUGGGGCCAUAUCGAUCUGAAGAAAAAAAGAAAAAACGAUCUGUUAAGACGAAGAAAUAACUUUCCUUUCCUUCGAACGGAUUACUCAGCCGUACUACGUCGGCUUUAAUUUCGCUCAAUCUGACCGGGCGAAGUAUCAAUCUAUCAGUGAGCUAACCGAGGUCACGGUUGCUUAACUGAUUUACUAUCGCAUCCUGAUAGUCAAGCACAUAAAAAAAACGUAAGCACAAUUUAACGUGAGCGAAUCAAGUCAGUCAAUCAAGCGAGAGAAUUAUCGAAAACGAAAAAUGUAUAGAGAUUUUAAUUUUAAAACUUUUGGUUACAUGAACGUACCCUGAGGAAAGGUUUGGGGGAGGGUUCAAACUCCCCAAAAAUUUAAUGAUUUUAAUGAUUUAUAAAAUUUAAUAUUUUUCUUAUUUAAAAUCAAAUACGAAAAGAUAUCUUAAAAUAUCCAAAAGAGCAAUUUAUCAAUGCAAAAAAUUGCCGUUCAUGUAUCAACAGAAUUAAUAAAAAUCUCCCACCAAAAAAAUUCUAGUUUUGCUAUGUUUUGCUAUGAUUGGUUGCAUUGCCAUAUCUAGAGGGGAAAUUGAAGAUUCAAAUUUGAUUAUGUGUGUGAUGUCUGAUAAUUUGAAACACAUAAAAAACGGAAGUAGAAUUUAGUCAGGCAAUCAAGCUGAGAAUGAUCGAAAACGAAAAAAGAACGAAUAAAGAUUAUAAUUUCAACCUUUGGUUACAUAGGCGCAUUCCCAGGAGGGAAAGGUUUAUGGGCUUCAAAUUCUUUCUCAAAAU